AACAAAUCAAAAUGCAAUUGACUCAAGCUUUACAGAUUAAAGAAGGUAAAAUCAAUGAAUUAGAACAAAGUUUGAUUAAUCUUGAUCAAAAGCGUAUUAAGCAGUUAAAAGACAAAGAAAAAGAAUUGAAUAAAGUUAAAGGGGAAUUAGUUAAUAAAUUAACUAGUGGAGAAAAUACUAAAAAAAUACAUAAAGAAAAAGAAGCUAAACAAAAAGAGUUAGUUGAGCUCCAGCAAGAAUUAUCAAGAACAUCAACUUCUUAUGAUGCUAAUAGAAAAAAACAGGUUCUCAAUCAAGUUAAUGAUUUUCUGAAAGCCAAGGAAGAUUUCUUAACUUUACGAGAAGAAGCUAUUAAAAAACUGCAAAGAUGUUUUGAUUGUCUAGAUAACUCUAUUAAUAAGGAUAGCAAUUCUACUAGUUCUACCAGAGUUAUGAAAACCUCUGAAUCAAUUGACAAGUAUACUAAAGAAUUUCAAAAUAUUCUUGUAAAAUAUAAUGAUGAAUCAUUAUGGCUGAACAAAAAUUAUUACUCCUUAAAGAAAAUUGUUCAGGAAAAUAAAGAGUUGGAAGUUAGCAUCAUGAUUGAAAAUAUUCUUAAGUUGAAUUCUUUUAAUCUUGAUAAAUAUAAUAUAUUUAAAUUUGCUACUAAUUCUCAGGAAGGAACCACAAUUCAAUUAAAUUCUAAUAUGAUGGCAGAAGAUAUCAAUUCAUUAAGAAAGAAUUUGGAUGAAUUAAAAUUGGAAUUAAAACAAGAAAAAGAAGGAUUAAAAAUUUAG